AUUUUAUUCUAGUAUUCCACUACUAUACUAUUGUACUUUGCUACCAUGAGGUUCAAGCCUAAAAAAGAGGUCCCCCCCUCCGCUCUCGAACAUGCGGAGAAGGAUGAGCCCCUGGUGGACACCCCCGUGCCGCUGCUCACCUGGCGCUCCUUUACGAUGGGCAUCUUCGUCUCAAUGGGCGGCUUUCUCUUCGGCUACGACACGGGCCAGAUCUCCGGCUUCCUAGAGAUGCCCAAUUUCCUGCAGCGCUACGGCCAGCGGGGAUCCGACGGGACUUACCACUUCUCCAACGUGCGCUCGGGCUUGAUCGUCGGCCUGCUGUCCAUCGGCACCCUGAUAGGCGCCCUGGUGGCUGCCCCCAUCGCCGACCGCAUCGGCCGCAAGUGGUCGCUCAGCGUAUGGAGUCUGAUGGUCUGCAUCGGCAUCACCGUCCAGAUCUCCUCCCCCUCGGGCAAAUGGUACCAGGUCGCCAUCGGGCGCUGGGUGGCCGGCCUGGGCAUCGGCGGCUGCUCCCUGCUUGUGCCCAUGUACCAGGCUGAGUCGGGGCCCCGACACAUCCGGGGGGCUCUCGUGAGUACAUACCAGCUGUUCAUCACGCUGGGCAUCUUCGUCGCCAACUGUAUCAACUUUGGCACCGAAGCCCGCCUCAACCCCAGCUCCUGGCGCAUCCCCAUGGGCCUGACGUACGUGUUCGCCGCCAUCCUGGGCAUCGGCAUCUCCCUGUUCCCCGAGAGCCCGCGCUUCGACUACCGCCACGGCCGCGUCGAGUCGGCCAUCACCACUCUCUCGCGCAUGUACGGCGUCCCGCGCAACCACCGCGCCCUGCACAUCGAGCUCCACGAGAUCCGCCAGAAAUACCGCGAGGAGGUCGAGCGCGGGCCCGUCACCUGGCGCCGUCUGUUCCAGGCCCCGCGCAUGCCCUAUCGUGUCGCUGUCGGGAUGGCGCUGCAGGCCCUGCAGCAGCUCACGGGCGCCAAUUACUUCUUCUACUACGGCACCACCGUCUUCAAGGGGGCGGGCAUCCAGAACAGUUACGUGACGCAGAUGAUCUUGGGGGGUGUUAACUUUGGCACCACCUUUUUAGGCCUGUAUCUGAUUGAAAACUAUGGCCGUCGCCGCUCCCUCAUUGCCGGCGCCCUGUGGAUGUUCGUCUGCUUCAUGGUGUUUGCCUCUGUGGGACACUUUUCUCUCAAUCGCAAUGACCCAGAGGCCACCAAGACCCCCGGGGUGGUCAUGGUCGUGUUUGCUUGUCUCUUUAUCUUGGGUUUCGCUAGCACUUGGGGGCCCAUGGUCUGGACAAUCAUUGCUGAACUAUAUCCCUCGCAGUACAGGGCGCGCGCCAUGUCGCUGGCUACAGCAUCUAACUGGCUGUGGAAUUUCCUGCUGGCCUUCUUUACUCCCUUUAUCACCAGUGCAAUCGAUUUCCGUCUGGGGUAUGUCUUUGCGGGCUGUCUCUUCCUUGCCGCUGGCCUCGUCUACGUUGCUGUCAUUGAAGGCCGUGGCCGCACCCUCGAGGAGAUCGACUCGAUGUACGUGAUGAAGGUCAAACCCUGGAAAAGCUCCCGUUUUGAAUUCCCAGAGGGCCAGGAUGACAGUCGCCGGCCUUCAACUGCCAAGGUCGAGGCCGGUCAUGUCGAUGUGCCGCAGACUGUGUAACAUGUUACUCUAUGAUCGGUUUUAGUGCUGGCUUCUGCUGUGCAGGCUGUAUAGUUAUAAUCUUAAAAUGUCUUUGCACCAAGGCGAGAUAUGACUUCUAGCUGCCACAUAGUCGUAUUUUUAAGUAUUGCUCAGGUUGAGAACACAGGAUAUUAACCUAUAUAAUUUAUGCCUACA